AUGAGCCCGCAAGCUUCGGAGGCGCCAAGUCCAGUCGAGAUCCUCCUCUUUUCCCUCGCCUCCUGCCAGGAGAUCACCGUGAAGGCCUAUGCGAACGCAAUGGGUGUGCCGUUGACCCGGGUCUCCGCGGAUCUCACCGGCAAGAUCGAUCUUAGGGGUUUCUUUGCAGUUGACGAGAGCGUACGGGCCGGAUUUAAUAAGAUUGAAGGCGUCCUCACAGUCGAGUCGCCAGCAGAUCUUGAGACCAUCAAGCAGUUGAAAGCCGCAGCGGAUAUGCAUUGCCCGGUGAAAGACAUGCUGCAGGCAGUUCCGAUGGAGAUCACCCUCAAUCACAUUCAGAAGUGA